AUGGAGCUUCCUCAACCCCGUCCGUUUGGAACCGAAGGAAGGAAACCAACGCAUGACUUUCUGUCACUCCACAGUCAUCCAACUGCCCAACAAGAUCCAAGGCCACCUUCUCAAGGAGGCUACCUUGAAACUCAUGAUUUCCUACAACCACUGGAACGAAUGGGAAAGAAAUGCAUAGCUAAGGAAGAAACAUCCGUUGAGAUAUCAACUGCUGAAAAGCCAGCGUCUCAUGCAGCAGCAUCAGCAGCGGCGCAGCCAACUUCUUCUGUGGAGCACAUUCUCCCUGGUGGGAUUGGGACUUACACUAUAAGCCACAUUUCUUAUUUUAAUCAAAGGGUUCCAAAACCAGAGGGAUCGCCGGUAUUUACAGUCACUCAAGCUCAAGCAAGUAGCACCGACAGAAAUGUUGAGGAACACUCAAACUGCAGUUCUUACACUGGAAGUGGAUUCACUUUGUGGGAAGAAUCUGCAUUAAAGAAUAAGGGAAAGACAGGGAAGGAGAAUUUGGGAGAAAGACCAGUGGGUAUUGUGAGAGGGCAAUGGACGUCUUCAGAGCGGCCUGCGCAGUCAUCUUCCAACAACCGUCGCAACUGCUUCAGUGCUCAGUCAUCUGGUCAGAAGAACAUAAGCUUCAUGGAGAUGAUGAAGUCUGCCGCCAAGGGUAGUACCCAGGAAGACGAACUUGACGAUGAAGAAGAGUUUGUUCUCAAAAAGGAGACCUCUACUACUACCACCACUGCCACCACCCCCUAUAAGGGAGAUUUGAGGGUAAAAGUUGAUGGUAAGAGCUCUGAUCAGAAAGCUAACACACCUCGGUCCAAGCACUCUGCCACAGAGCAGCGGCGGAGGAGCAAAAUAAAUGAUAGAUUCCAGAUGUUGAGAGAGCUCAUUCCUCAUAGUGAUCAAAAAAGAGAUAAGGCGUCAUUUUUAUUGGAGGUCAUCGAAUACAUACAGUUUUUACAGGAAAAAGUAGACAAGUAUGAGGGAUCUUACCAAGGAUGGAACCCUGAUCCAGCGAAAUUGAUGCCUUGGAGAAACAAUCCCAAGCUUAGGGAAAGUUACUGCGAUCAAUCUCGAGGCAUGAAUGGUGGGUCUGGUACUGCAUUAGUAUUUGCCGCGAAGUUUGAUGAGAAAACUACUUCUGUUUCACCGUCAAUUCCUGGAAGCUGUGCUCAGAACCCUGUAGAAUCUGACACAAGUACUGAAACUACCUUCAAAGCAAUGGAUCACCACCCUGGAAUAACAAGCAAGCCAAUGCCCUUUCCUUUGUCAAUGCAGCCCAACUUCUUCACUCCUGUCAGGAGUGGUGGUGCUGCAGUACCUCAACUUCCACCUAGAUUGCCAUCUGAUGCAGAGAACACAUCUCAGCAUCAAUCUAUGUUAUGCCAUACAGUAUCGCGUGCUACCGAUGGUGCUGCCGCUAGGGAUAAGCUAAAAGAACAGGAGCUGACAAUUGAAGACGGUCGAAUUAACAUCUCAAGUGCGUACUCUCAAGGGUUGUUGAAUACUCUGACACAAGCCCUGCAGAAUUCUGGUGUGGAUUUGUCACAGGCCAGCAUCUCAGUGCAAAUCGAGCUUGGGAAGCGAGCAAAUAGUCGAUCGCCUAUCCCGAAAUCUGUUGUUAAGGACAACGAGAUCCUCUCUAGCAAUCAAGGAAAAAGACACUCUAGAGUCGCAAGUGGUGAAGACUCUGAACAUGCCCCGAAGAAGCUCAAGACAGGCAGAAACUAA